CUGUUUUUGCGUGACCUGAUUGGAGAAUUAGACGGGGCCGCUCUUCCAUCAGCUCCGUAUCUACCCGGUAACCCGGUCCACUCACACAAUCAUUCAGACCACCCCACCACACCCAAUUUCCCCGCUACCGGCAUCUACAAUCGUCCACCCGAGUCGAUGCUAGCUGGAAAAAGAAGAGCAGAAAUUAUGUCGGUCUCGGCGUUCAUUGGAGUGCUGAUGCUUCAGUUGGUCUCCUCACAGAACGACACAACGCAACCUAACUCAACCCCAAAAGAAAGUCCUAACCUACCCCCACCACCCACUACCCUCUCUCCCACCCUAGCAGUCCCAGCCCCUGACACGCCCCCAAAAGAGCCUUCCAUCAACUCGUCGGACCACAUCAUGCUGCCCACUGAUCACCACAGCCUGCCCAUCACUUUGCAGUGCAACCUAACUUCAGCCCACAGUGCCCACAAGGAGAGCUUCUGGAUGAAGAAUGGGGAGGAGAUCCAAGAGACCCGCGGAGAGAGAGCCAACACUGAGUACUACCUGAAGAAGCCCCGAGGAGAGGAUUCAGGGGAGUACAUGUGUGUCUACACCUUCGAUCAGGCCCCGUCUGCUAACGCCACCAUCGAGAUUAAAGCUGUUCCUGACAUCAUAGGCCACAAGCGUAGUGACAAUAAGAAUGAGGGCCAGAAGGCCUUGCUAUACUGUAAGUCCACUGGCUACCCCUACCCUAUCUGGACCUGGCGCAAACUGGACAACGGGUUCUACAUGGACAUCAACAACUCCUCCGGUCGUUUCUUCAUUAACAACAAAGACAACUACACUGAGCUGAGCAUCAUCAACCUGGACAUCGACUCCGACCCGGGGGAGUACCAGUGUAACGCCACCAACAUGAUCGGCACCUCGUCCAUCGUGUCUGUGCUGCGGGUCCGGAGCUACCUGGCCUGGCUUUGGCCUCUGCUGGGCGUCCUGGCCGAGGUCGUUAUCCUGGUCGUCAUCAUCGUGGUCUAUGAGAAACGCAAGAAGCCAGACGACAUACAAGACGAUGACGAACCAGCUGGACCCAUGAAAACUAACUCCACCAACAACCACAAAGACAAGAACCUUCGUCAGAGGAACACAAACUGAGCAGAUUGAUGUCUCAUUAUUUAUAAUAACAUAUUAUACAUGUAUUGACCAUAUGAAGGUAACCAGGAGAGGGAUCCAUAGCAAUGUGUUAAUGAGGAGGAGGAAGAGGAGGAGGAGCUACUGUAAAUGUCUGUAUUGUAUGAUGAGGCAUGCCUUCUGAUUUGAUUAUCUGUUUAUCGUGUGAUGGGGGUGAAGAAGGUGAUCAAUGAAUGUGAUCCCCAUAACAUUAUGAAUGGUUUACGAAGUGUCUAUGAAGCAUUAUAACCAUUGUGGCUGCAUGCAGUUAUUGAUUGUUGCUGUUUAUUUAUUUAUUAUUUAUUCUUAUCAGAUUCUUGUCAUUUUCUAUUUUUUUUAAAAAACUAAUUCUGAAGUAACGCAUGCAAGGUAUUCUAACCUUCUGUUUGGUGUUGACAUGACAUGACUUUUUCCUCUCCGUCUCAAAGGGCACCCUAGUCCAUAUACAGUGCACUACUUUUUGACCUGGGGCCUGGGUCUCAAAUCCAAUGGCACCCUAGUCCCUAUAUAGUGAUCUACUCUUGACCAGGGCUCACAGGGUAGUGCACUGUAUAGGACAGGGGUAUUCUGACCCUACUGUAUAGGACAGGGGUAUUCUGACUCUACUGUAAAGGACAGGGGUAUUCUGACCCUACUGUAUAGGACAGGGGUAUUCUGACCCUACUGUAUAGGACAGGGGUAUUCUGACCCUACUGUAUAGGACAGGGGUAUUCUGACCCUACUGUAGGACAGGGGUAUUCUGACCCUACUGUAUAGGACAGGGGUAUUCUGACCCUACUGUAUAGGACAGGGGUAUUCUGACCCUACUGUAUAGGACAGGGGUAUUCUGACCCUACUGUAGGACAGGGGUAUUCUGACCCUACUGGAUAGGACAGGGGUAUUCUGACCCUACUGUAUAGGACAGGGGUAUUCUGACCCUACUGUAAAGGACAGGGGUAUUCUGACCCUACUGUAUAGGACAGGGGUAUUCUGACCCUACUGUAUAGGACAGGGGUAUUCUGACCCUACUGUAGGGCAGGGGUAUUCUGACCCUACUGUAUAGGACAGGGGUAUUCUGACCCUACUGUAGGACAGGGGUAUUCUGACCCUACUGUAGGACAGGGGUAUUCUGACCCUACUGUAUAGGACAGGGGUAUUCUGACCCUACUGUAUAGGACAGGGGUAUUCUGACCCUACUGUAUAGGACAGGGGUAUUCUGACCCUACUGUAUAGGACAGGGGUAUUCUGACCCUACUGUAGGACAGGGGUAUUCUGACCCUACUGUAUAGGACAGGGGUAUUCUGACCCUACUGUAUAGGACAGGGGUAUUCUGACCCUACUGUAUAGGGCAGGGGUAUUCUGACCCUACUGUAUAGGACAGGGGUAUUCUGACCCUACUGUAGGGCAGGGGUAUUCUGACCCUACUGGAUAGGACAGGGGUAUUCUGACCCUACUGUAUAGGACAGGGGUAUUCUGACCCUACUGUAGGGCAGGGGUAUUCUGACCCUACUGGAUAGGGCAGGGGUAUUCUGACCCUAAUGUAUAGGACAGGGGUAUUCUGACUCUACUGUAGGGCAGGGGUAUUCUGACCCUACUGUAUAGGACAGGGGUAUUCUGACCCUACUGUAGGGCAGGGGUAUUCUGACCCUACUGUAUAGGACAGGGGUAUUCUGACCCUACUGUAUAGGACAGGGGUAUUCUGACCCUACUGUAUAGGACAGGGGUAUUCUGACCCUACUGUAGGGCAGGGGUAUUCUGACCCUACUGUAUAGGACAGGGGUAUUCUGACCCUAUGAGGUCCGGAGCACUGCUGGUUUUCUGUUCUACAUGAUAAUGAUUUACACUCACCUGAUGUCCCAGGUCUAAAUCAGUCCAUGAUUACAGGGGAAUAAUGGGAUCAUUUUUUUGACGAAUUUGAGGGAUAGACUUUUAGAGUAAAAGGUGCUAUCUAGAACCUAAAAGGGUUCUUCGGCUGUCCCCAUAGGAGAACCCUUAGAAGAACCCUUUUUGGUUCGAGGUAGAACCCUUUUGGUUCAUGGAUCGCGAAAGAGUUCUACCUGGCACCAAAAAGUGUUCUACCUGGAACCAAAAAGAGUUCUACUAUGGGGGACAGCCGAAGAACCUUUUGGAACCCUUUUUUCUAAGAGUAUAUAAGGAAUAGGUUCCCAUAGGGAGGAAUAGGUUCCCAUAGGGAGGAAUAGGUUCCCAUAGGGAGGAAUAGGGUGCCCUUUGAGAUGCUGGCCUGGUUUUGUUGACUUUGAGAGUGGCUUCAUGUUGAUAGAUAAUCAUUAUUUAUUUGUGUUGACUAUGAGAAUCUAAAGACUUUGCAAUGUAAAAGAAAAAUCACAGUAAAUCUGUACAUCAUUCUGCUGCAUACUAUUUUAUAAGUUGGUAACUUGUUUAACAUUUCAUCAGAUUAGAUUUGGUUUACAUUUUAAUGAGGGCUUUACAAUGUCCCCCCUUCUUUUGACUUUGAUUGAUAAUUCCUAUAUUUGACAUGUUCUGUAUGUAUAUCUUUAUGAAAUCACCUUCAUAUAUAAUGAUAUAUGAAGGAUAUUCAUUCAUAAGAUGCACUUAAGUGUUGAAAAAGAAUGGGAAUUAAAAAAAAAUCUGUAUGAAUUUCAUUCAGUAGCUAAGCAACUGAACUCCACCCAAUCCUAACCCUAUUGCUAGAGUAUGUGUAUUGUGUAUAGCAUGGCUAUUAUCCUAUGCAAUAAUAAUAAUCAAUAUUGAUAUUUAUAUAUACCAAGUCCCUCUUAGCAGCUUUAGAUUUUACUGAGUAAGACAUCUUUAUUAGAGUAAGAGUUUAGAGCAUUUAUAGAUACCGUACCGCUCAGCUGUAUGCUAAUCGAUAAUCACCUUUAGAGCAUUUAUAGAUACCGUACUGCUCAGCUGUAUGCUGAUCGAUAAUCACCUUUAGAGCAUUUAUAGAUACCGUACUGCUCAGCUGUAUGCUGUAUCAGUUGAUCUCUAUAUAUGUAUCUCUAUAUAUGACAAUGAAAUACAUCUAUACAGUGGCCUUCAGAAUGUAUUCAUAACCAUUCACUUAUUCCAUAUUUUGUUGUGUUACAGCCUGAAUUCAAAAUGGAUGAAAUAUAUGUGUUUUUCUCACCCAUCUACACAGAAAACCACAUCAUGACAAAGGGAAAACAUGUUUCUAGAAAUGUAGCACAUUUAUUGAAAAUUAAAUACAGAAAUAUACCAUUUAAAUAAGUAUUCAGUCCCCCAAUACAUGUUAGAAUCACCUUGUGAGUCUUUCUGGGUAAGUCUCUUAAGAGCUUUGCACAUCUGGAUUGUACAAUAUUUGAACAAUGUUCUUUUUAAAAUGAUUCAAGCUCUGUCAAGUUGGUUGUUUAUAAUUGCUAGACAGCCAUUUCAAGUCUUGCCAUAGAUUUUCAAGCAGAUUUAAGUCAAAACAGUUACUAGGCCACUCAGUACCAACUCCAGUGUAUAUUUGGCCUUGUGUUUUAGGUUAUUGUCCUGCUGAAAAGUGAAUUUGUCUCCCAGUGUCUGUUUGAAAGUUUUCCUUUAAGGAUUUUUUUUGGUUAGCUCUACUACAUUUAUUUUUAUUUAUAAAAAAAACUCCCUAGUCCUUAACAAGCAUACCCAUAACUUGAUGCAGCCACCACCAUGCUUGAAAAUAUGAAGAGUGAUACUCAGUGAUGUGUUGUGUUGGAUUUGUCCCAAACAUAAUGCUUUGUAUUCAGGACAUAAAGUUAAUUUCUUUGCUGCAGUUUUUGCAGUUUUAUUUUAGUGCCUUGUUGCAAACAGGAUGCAUGUUUUGCAAUGUUUGUAUUCUGUACAGGCUUCCUUCUUUUCACUCUGUCAAUUAGUUUAGUUUUGUGGAGUAACUACAAUGUUGUUGAUCCAUCCUCAGUUUUCUCCUAUCACAGCCAUUAAACUAUGUAACUGUUUUAAAGUCACCAUUGGCCUCAUGGUGAAAUCCCUGAGUGGUUUCCUUCCUCUCCACCAACUGAGUUAGGAAGGACGCCUGUAUCUUUGUAGUGACUGGGUGUAUAGAUACACCAUCCAAAGUGUAAUCAAUAACUUCACCAUGAUCAAUGUCAACUUAUUUUUUAUUUAUUUUUUUACAAUUGACCAAUAGGUGUACUUAUUUGUGAGGCAUUGGAAAACCUCCCUGGUCUUUGUGGUUUCAAUUGUUUUUGAAAUUCACUGCUCGACUGAGUGACCAUGCAGAUAAUUGUAUGUGUUGGGUACAGAGAUGAGGUAGUCAUUCAAAAAUCAAGUUAAACACUAUUAUUGCACACAGGGUGAGUCCAUGCAACCUAUUAUGUGACUUGUUAAGCAAAUGUUUACUCCAGAACUUAUUUAGGCUUGGAUUAAUAAAGGGGUUGAAUACUUAUUGACUCAAGACAUUUCACCUUUUCAUAUGUAAACAUUUUCUAAAAACAUCAUUCCACUUUUACAUUAUGGGGAAUUGUGUGUAGGCCAGUGAUGAAAGAAAUAUCUACAUUUUUAUAAAUGUUUAAUUCACACUGUAACACAACAAAAUGCAGAGAAAGUCAAGGCGUGUGGAUACUUUCUGAAGGCACUGUGUAUGGGGAGCUAGCGGAGGAAGCAGUGCAAAAACAGGGCCUAUUUUAUCUAUGUACGGAUUGACACUUGUAAAGCUAUCCCAAAUCAAUCCCAAAGUCUAUCCCAAGGUCAAGAUCAAUCUCAAGAUUAAUCCCAAGAUCAAGAUCAACCCCAGGAUCAAUCCCAUGAUCAAGAUCAAUUCCAAGUAAUUUUUAGGAAUAAAAACCUUUAA